AUAAAUGCUUCAAGAUAUAGUCACUUAUAUGACACGUACGGAAGAUCUUCUUUACGUAAAGUUAACUUACCAUCGAGGAGGGAUAUGAGAGUUAUUAGAGACAACGCCAAUUUACCGAGCGGACUCGAAGACGCCGAACCUGGGUUCGAUCUCACCGAAGAUGAAAUGAGGAAAUUUAAAAUUUGGCCACAGGGAAAUAUUCCGUAUUACAUUGAUGAUUUCUCUUUUGAUAAAGUACUCCGGGAUAGAAUUCGUAAUUACAUUGACCUUACAAACCGCGUAACUGGAUUGAAAUUCAUGGAGCUGCCGAAACCACCCACUGAUGAGAAAACCAGAUGGGUGCUUUUUGUAAAUCGUCAAGGCUUGCUUAAUUGCGCUGAUCACUCUAUUAAAGAUUUUACUAACGAAGGAUUACAGAAAGUAAUUUUGGGAUAUGAUUGCUUAGUUACCGGUGGAGAACUUGCAGAGGCCAUACUUGCCUUGGUUGGGGUACCACCCCAGCAUAAUGCUCCCGACCGCAAUAAAUACAUUACGAUAAAUCAUGAAAAUAUUUUGCCAGAAAAAGAGCAUUUAUUCAAAGCUGUCCAGGACAAUGAAUGGUUGUUUCACGAUAUACCUUACGAUUACAGUAGUGCUGGCCACUACAGCUUUCAUAAAUAUACCAAAAACGGUUUUGCUACUAUUGAAUUAAAGCUUUUUGAACUUGGUGCUAACUUUAGUAACUAUAAACCAACAAUAGAAGAUACGAUCGAACCCAGGAAGAAGCCUAAUAAAUAUUUAGGACUUGCUGAAGAUCAACCUAUAGAAGAUAAUGAAUCUGAUGAUAAGGAACUAGAAGCUGAAAAAGACUUGGAUACUGAUGAUAAUAAAGAUAAAAAUGAAGAAGAGAAAAUGAAAUCUGACGAUAACGACUUUGACGGGAAAAAAGAGAAUGAAAUAGGAAAUGCAAAUGACGAAUCGCAUGAAAAAGAAGUAAACCAACAUAGCAAAAUUAUACAACUAAAGCACGUUCUCAAAAAGUCAAGUGAUCCAUUCCGUGAUAUUUCUGAUUUUGAAUCUUGGGAAACAACAAGGACAUUGCAAAGAAUAUUUACCAAGAUGAAAGGAUAA